UUCCAGUUCAUCGCCAACGACCCGCUAGUGCAGUCCUCCACGCUCUGCACUGAGAUCAUAGAGUCCGUCCGUCGCCUCAUGCUCUCGGUCAGUGCCAAGUGCGGUCGUGAGCUGAAGCCCCUCUGGACCACACCGCGCCGCUACACCUGCCGAGAGACGCUCGUUGUGGUCGGCGGGCGCAAGAAUAACGAGCAGACAUCCCGGGAAGCCCUGCUCUAUGACGAGAGGACUCAGCGCUGGCAGUGGCUGGCCAAGCUGCCCCUGCGACUCUACAAGGCCUCCUACGUCUGUAUCCACAGCAUCCUGUAUGUGGUGGGGGGGCUCAGCCUCAGUAUGGCCUCCGGAGACAGCUCUGUAUCUGCCACCGUCUACACCCUCUCCCUCAAGACCAACCAGUGGAGGACGGCUGAGCCCAUGUUGGAGCCCCGCUACGCCCAUCAGAGUGUCUCCUAUCUCCACUUCAUCUUUGUCCUGGGGGGGAUCGGAGUGGACAAACACAUCUCCAACUCCGUGGAGAGGUACAACAGUAUGUUUAACCAAUGGGAGGCCAUGGCUCCUCUCCCCAGCGCCGUGCUGCACCCCGCCGUCGCCGCCAACGACCAGAGGGUCUAUGUGUUCGGAGGGGAGGACGCCAUGCAGAACCCUGUCAGGGAGAUACAGAAUAAACCCCCUAAUACCUUUACCAAGGGCCAACCCCCUAGACACUACCCGACCCUUAACCCUGAACCUACAACACAUAACCUAGCGGCCAUGUUCUGCAGUAACUUGUCAUGUCUAUUCUUUAGGGCCAUGUUCUGCAGUAACUUUGUGGAGAGCAGCCAGGGUCGGGUGGAUCUGAAGGGCAUCUCCCCUGACGUGCUCAGUGGCAUAGUGGACUAUGUGUAUACAGGAGCCAUCACCAUCAGCAUGGACAUAGUGCUGCCUCUAAUGCAGGCAGCCUCUAUGCUGUACUAUGGGCGGCUGUUUGAGGCCUGCUCCACCUUCCUUCAGGAGCAGCUGAGCCCAGACAACUGUCUCAGUAUGAUCAGGUUGUCAGAGAUCCUCCACUGUGACAGUCUGAAGGAGAAGGCUAAGGAGAUGGCCGUGAGGAGCUUCUCAGACGUAGCUGCCUCCGAGGACUUCUGUGAGCUCUCCUUACCGGAGCUCAUGUGUUACCUGGAGGAUGACCGACUGUGUGCCGAGGAGGAGCAGGUGUUUGAGACCCUCCUGGCGUGGAUCCACCACGACCCGUUCUCCCGGCGCGGCGCCAUCCACGACCUCUUCAGGAAGGUGCGUCUGCGCUACAUCCACCCCACKUACCUGUUCCAGUUCAUCGCCAACGACCCGCUAGUGCAGUCCUCCACGCUCUGCACUGAGAUCAUAGAGUCCGUCCGUCGCCUCAUGCUCUCGGUCAGUGCCAAGUGCGGUCGUGAGCUGAAGCCCCUCUGGACCACACCGCGCCGCUACACCUGCCGAGAGACGCUCGUUGUGGUCGGCGGGCGCAAGAAUAACGAGCAGACAUCCCGGGAAGCCCUGCUCUAUGACGAGAGGACUCAGCGCUGGCAGUGGCUGGCCAAGCUGCCCCUGCGACUCUACAAGGCCUCCUACGUCUGUAUCCACAGCAUCCUGUAUGUGGUGGGGGGGCUCAGCCUCAGUAUGGCCUCCGGAGACAGCUCUGUAUCUGCCACCGUCUACACCCUCUCCCUCAAGACCAACCAGUGGAGGACGGCUGAGCCCAUGUUGGAGCCCCGCUACGCCCAUCAGAGUGUCUCCUAUCUCCACUUCAUCUUUGUCCUGGGGGGGAUCGGAGUGGACAAACACAUCUCCAACUCCGUGGAGAGGUACAACAGUAUGUUUAACCAAUGGGAGGCCAUGGCUCCUCUCCCCAGCGCCGUGCUGCACCCCGCCGUCGCCGCCAACGACCAGAGGGUCUAUGUGUUCGGAGGGGAGGACGCCAUGCAGAACCCUGUCAGGGAGAUACAGGUGUACCACAUCUCCAGGAACCUGUGGUCCAGAUUGGAAACCCGGACGGUGAAGAACGUCUGUGCACCUGCUGCUGUCAUCGAAGAUAAGAUCUACAUCAUUGGAGGGUACACCAGACGGAUGAUCGCCUACGACACCAAAGCCAACAAGUUUGUAAAGUGUGAGAACCUGAAGGAGAGGCGAAUGCACCACAGCGCCACGGUCAUCAACAACAAGCUGUACGUGACGGGGGGGCGCUUCCUGAACGGGCACGACACCAUCGAGGACUCGGACUGCUUCGAGUGUUACGACCCCAAGACGGACGUGUGGACCUCCAAGGGGACGCUGCCGUACAAACUGUUUGACCACGGCUCCCUGCCUCUGGUCUGUGUCUCCAACAGACCCAACCCACCCUGAGUGACCCACAACAUCUUAUCAUCAUCAGCUGGUCGUCUGGAGUCGAACAGUAGGGUGAACAGUAGGACUGACUUCUACAGCUGCCUCCCUGUCCUCCAUUUGCAGAUGCAAUGUCCUCCACUCCGUUGUCACAUUUGAGCUGGUCCACAAACUGUAUAUGAUCUCUCUGAUGAGUGAUCUACAACAUCCCCAAAACUCCUUGGACUCCUAGCCUAGCGGGCUCCUAGCCUAGCGGGCUCCUAACCUAACCUAGCAUAGCAGGCUCCUAGCAUAGCGGGCUCCUAAAGUAGCCUAGCAGGCUCCUAACCUAGCUAUCUGUCAUGUUACUCCUUCACAGCAGUUAUAAUUGGACACCACAGCUGGGAUCGGAUCGGAAACCAUCUGAAAGACAGACGUUGGUCUCUUCUCUCACACAGUCACAGGACGUCAACAUACGCCUCAGACAUGGUCUUGAUGCUAGCAUCUGUGGCGUUCUAAAUCAAAAACCUGAGAUCUCAGCUGGCAGGCAGAGGUGUCACAUUGGC